AUGUUUCUUCAACAAUUAUUGUUACACUCGGAACAAUAUCCAAACCUAUUGAUUCUUGGAAAUUGCAACAGUAAAUCACAUGUUCCAUUCCUAUUGAAUAAGAUUGUAAAGAGAGUGAUUUCAUCAGCAACUUCAAAUGCCAGUUUGGAAGAGGAUUUAAUGUUGAAUGAUAAUCACAGUGAUGAUGAAAAUGAACAACCACAAAAGAAUAAUUCUAAAUCAAACAAACUCUCGGAGGAUGAUAUUUUGAAAAAUCAAAAACAAGAUUUACGAUUAUUAAUUAUUGAUGCUGGAGAUUAUAAACAAGCAAUUCCUAAAAGACUUCAACAGGAUAUGAAUAGAUAUCAUGCAACUUUUAAAAAAUCCACUGAUGAGAGUGACAAGUUGGUCAUUCGUGUUGAUUCAACAGAUUUUGAAAAGGCUAAUGAUUUGUACAAAUAUAUUAAUUCAAUUUUGACAUCACAAUGGUCAUCAUCGGAUUCUAGUAAGAAAAAGAAGGUUAUAGUAGUUAUUAAUUCAUUGAGUGCUCUUGCAUUUUGGUUUGGAGAUAGUCCAGCAUUCCAACUUGUACAAAAACUUCUUCAAUUGAGUAAUUCUCAAGAUAGUAGAGUUUGUUCUGUAGUGAGUGUAGUUCAUACAGAUACACAUCCAAAGAAUGUAGUUGAACAAUACAAACUCCAUGCUCAGGGUAUAAUUUCAAUUAUUGCCUCAGAGGAUAUGGAUCAAGAUGAAACUUUUUAUUUCCCUGUUGAAGGAUCAAAUCAAGACGAAGAAGAAUUGGAAGAAAAAAUACUCAACAUUGCAGCAAUUGAUUUCAAAUGUGACAUUCAUAGUUUGAGACUUGGAGGAAAAUUACUUUUCAAUGAGGAAUAUUAUAAAAUCAGUGCAACUAGUGAUGAUGAAGGUGCAAUGACUCAUGUCAAGCAUCCAUUCAUUGCCAAGAGACAAAAGAAGGUCAAGAGUGAAAAGCAUCACGAUGAAGAAGAGGAAAAGCCUCAACAACAAAAUGUGACAACCACUCAACAAUCUGGAGUUAAAAGACAUGUUGGAGAAAAGAGACACAUUACUAUUGGAGAGGAGCAUGUACAUGGUCCAAAUUGUUCUCACAAUAAUACUAGUGGUAGCUCAAUGAGUGGAGGAGUUAGAAAGAGUGGACUUUCACUUUUGGAUACCUUUGAUGAAAGAGAGAAGGAAAAGGCCAGACAAAAUCGUAUGGAUAGACCAAUGACAAAAGAAGACAUUGAAAACCAAGUAACUUUCAAGAUUGGCCUCACAGAAAAGGAAAAGAGAGCUAGAGAAACUCUUGAACUGCCAUUUAUGAAGGAAGGUCUCACUAACCAUUCAAAUUUGACACCACAAGAGCAAAGAAAACAAAAUCAAGGAUUCAUUAUCAUUGAUUCUGAUGAUGAAUAUGAAGAAGAUGAUCCAGAUGAUGAUUUGGAAUUGUAA